ACUCAGCUAGUCAUUAAGUCAUUAUAUAUAUAUAAAGAGCUCAAGAUGUCUCUUCAUUUCUCACAAGCCACAACAAAACCAAAAAAACUCUCAGAGAUCUUUCUUAUUCUCUCCUCUUGCAAAUUUUUUUCACCGGAAUAUUUCACAACUGACCAUGAUCUCUGUAGUAAUCCUCGCCGAACUGUUGGUAGAGUACACAGCUGCUCUCGCGAAACUCACCGCCGGGAUCCUUCCACCGAGACGACAAGGCGAAAGCGCCGUCGUUCGGAUUGGUGGUUUCUCUCUUCCUUGUCCUUCUCCGUCUAGUGUUAGAGCCAAUAGAUCCUCUCCGAUCCCGGAUUUGUCUUCACAUCUCGUUGAUUUCUGAUCAGACGAUACGAUUUUGAUUUCGAGAUUUCUUCUCUUCUUUUUAUCAUCUGAUCCAAGAUUGGACGGACGGCUGAGAUUUUUCCACGUGUCUCUUCGUCUUCCAUUUUCCUAUGGAUCUUUUUGAAUCGUUUAAUUAGAGAGCUUUGUGUAAAUCUGUAAUUCGAAAAUAUUAAUAGAAAUUAAAUUAUAAAAUUUUGAUUUUAACUUUU